CGCAGCGUCGGCGGAGGCAGGAGCAGCCUGGGCGGGUCGCAGGGUCUCCCCGGGCGCAGGAAGGCGAGCAGAGAUAUCCUCUGAGAGCCAAGCCAAGAACAUUAAGGAAGAGAGGAGGAAUGAGGCUGGAUACAGUGCAGUGAAAAAAGACACUUCAGGGAGAAGGGUACCCACUACUCAGAGACUGGACUGUGUCAUCAAAAUGAGAACUUACCGAUACUUCUUGCUUCUAUUUUGGGUUGGCCAGCCCUACCCAACUUUCUCAACUCCAUUAUCUAAGAGGACUAGUGGUUUCCCGGCAAAGAAAAGGACCCUGGAGCUCUCUGGAAACAGCAAAAAUGAGCUGAACCGUUCGAAAAGGAGCUGGAUGUGGAAUCAGUUCUUUCUGCUGGAGGAAUACACAGGAUCCGAUUAUCAGUAUGUGGGCAAGUUACAUUCAGACCAGGAUAGAGGAGAUGGAUCACUUAAAUAUAUCCUUUCAGGAGAUGGAGCAGGAGAUCUCUUCAUUAUCAAUGAAAACACAGGGGAUAUACAGGCCACCAAGAGGCUGGACAGGGAAGAAAAACCUGUUUACAUCCUUCGAGCUCAGGCCAUAAACAGAAAAACAGGGAGACCCGUGGAGCCCGAGUCUGAAUUCAUCAUCAAGAUCCAUGACAUCAAUGACAAUGAACCAAUAUUCACCAAGGAGGUUUACACAGCCACUGUUCCCGAAAUGUCUGAUGUCGGCACAUUUGUUGCCCAAGUCAGUGCAACUGAUGCUGAUGAUCCAACGUACGGAAACAGUGCCAAAAUUGUCUAUAGCAUCCUACAGGGGCAGCCCUAUUUUUCAGUUGAAUCAGAAACAGGUAUCAUCAAGACAGCCUUGCUCAACAUGGAUCGUGAAAACAGGGAGCAGUACCAAGUGGUGAUUCAAGCCAAGGAUAUGGGUGGCCAGAUGGGGGGAUUGUCUGGGACCACCACAGUGAACAUCACGCUGACGGAUGUCAAUGACAACCCUCCCCGGUUUCCCCAGAGUACAUACCAAUUUAAAACCCCUGAAUCAUCUCCGCCGGGUACACCAAUUGGCAGGAUCAAAGCCAGCGAUGCCGACCUGGGAGAAAAUGCUGACAUUGAGUACAGCAUUACAGAGGGAGAGGGGCUGGACAUGUUUGAUGUCAUCACCGAUCAGGAAACCCAGGAAGGGAUUAUAACUGUCAAAAAGCUCUUGGACUUUGAAAAGAAGAAAGUGUACACCCUCAAAGUGGAAGCCUCCAACCCUCACAUUGAACCCCGCUUUCUCUACCUGGGUCCAUUCAAAGAUUCAGCCACAGUUAAAAUUAUGGUGGAAGAUGUAGACGAGCCCCCUGUCUUCAGCAAACUGGCCUACAUCCUACAAAUAAGAGAAGAUGCUCAGAUAAAUACGACAAUAGGCUCAGUCACAGCCCAAGAUCCAGAUGCUGCCCGGAAUCCUGUCAAGUAUUCUGUUGAUCGACACACAGAUAUGGACAGAAUAUUCAACAUCGAUUCUGGAAAUGGUUCAAUUUUUACAUCGAAACUUCUUGACCGAGAAACAUUGCUGUGGCACAACAUUACAGUGAUAGCAACAGAGAUCAAUAAUCCAAAGCAAAGCAGCCGAGUACCACUGUAUAUUAAAGUUCUAGAUGUCAAUGACAACCCUCCAGAAUUUGCUGAAUUCUAUGAAACGUUUGUCUGUGAAAAAGCAAAAGCAGAUCAGUUGAUUCAGACCAUACGAGCCGUUGACAAGGAUGACCCUUACAGCGGGCACCAAUUCUCGUUCUCUUUGGCCCCAGAAGCAGCCAGUGGCUCAAACUUUACCAUUCAAGACAACAAAGACAACACAGCGGGAAUCUUAACUCGGAAAAAUGGCUAUAAUAGACACGAGAUGAGCACCUAUCUCCUGCCUGUGGUCAUAUCAGACAAUGACUACCCAGUCCAAAGCAGCACUGGGACAGUGACUGUCCGGGUCUGUGCGUGUGACCACCAAGGGAACAUGCAGUCCUGCCACGCGGAGGCCCUCGUCCACCCCACGGGGCUGAGCACGGGGGCUUUGGUUGCCAUCCUGCUGUGCAUCGUGACCCUACUAGUGACAGUGGUGUUGUUUGCAGCUCUCAGGCGACAGCGGAAAAAAGAACCUUUGAUCAUUUCCAAAGAGGACAUCAGAGACAACAUUGUCAGUUACAACGACGAAGGUGGGGGAGAGGAGGACACCCAGGCCUUUGAUAUCGGCACCCUAAGGAAUCCCGAAGCCAUAGAGGACAGCAAAUUACGCAGGGACAUUGUGCCCGAAGCCCUUUUUCUACCCCGACGGACUCCAGCAGCUUGUGAUAACACCGACGUCCGAGAUUUCAUUAACCAAAGGUUAAAGGAAAAUGACACGGACCCCACUGCCCCGCCCUACGACUCCUUGGCCACCUUCGCCUACGAGGGUACCGGCUCGGUGGCCGAUUCCCUGAGCUCGCUGGAGUCGGUGACCACGGAUGGAGACCAGGACUACGAUUACCUUAGUGACUGGGGGCCUCGGUUCAAAAAGCUCGCAGAUAUGUACGGAGGGGUGGGCAGUGACAAGGACUCCUGAUAUGUUGCCUUUUUCAUUUUCCAGUAUGACACUGAAACAUGUGAAGUGGCUAUUUCCUUCUAUUUAUCCACCGCUCUGUGAAGGGUUCUCUGUUCUACCCAUUCCAAAAGUCAAUGGCUGCAGUCCGUGCGGAUCCAAUGUCAGAGACUUUUUUUCUAGUACACUUUUAUGAGCUUCUGAGAGGCAAAUGUUUAUUUUUUAGUGCAUCCAGUUAACCAUGUCAGUCCAACAGGCACCGUGCUGGAGGAGAGUCUGGGGAGUAAUCUUUUCCCCUGUUCUCUUAGUGCAGGUUUGGAACAUGCUCAAUUUCACUGGCCUGGUCUCUUACUACAUUGCAUUGACUCAAGGUCAGCUGACUGCUCUGUACAUUUCACAUGCUAAUGGGAUAAGGGAUUAUACUUUAUAAAAAUAUAGUUUUAGUUAAAGAAAUGAAGGAGGAACCACUGUUCCUGGUAUAUCAGCUCACAAGGAGAUGAUGAACUAUAUAUGGGUGUGUAUUUCUGUCACAAAGAAUUUAAAAUGAUAUUUGCCAGUCCUGUUUAUCCUUCAUGAUCUUUUUCUGGCACCGAUGACUAUUCAAAACAUCAGAUCCACCAGUGUUUUGAGAUGCGCCUUCUUCUUUAGGAA